AUGGCCCGCGUUUGCAUUCGCCGCGGUGGCGAUGCUGGUUCUGCUUCCCCUGCUGCAGGCCCCGUUGAUGCUAAUGACCGUACUGAGCGUGUCGAUCGUUUUGGUGCUGCUGAGCGUUUUGGUGCUGCUGAGCUUUUUGGUGCUGCUGAGCUUUUUGGUGCUGCUGAGCUUUUUGGUGCUGCUGAGCUUUUCGGUGCUGCCGAUCGUUUCGGUGCUGCUGCGCGUGCUGGUGCUGCUUCCUCUGCUGCAGCUCCUGCUGAUGCUGAUGACUGUGCUGCGCGUGCUGAGCGCGCUGAGCGUCUUGGUGAUGCUGAGCGUGCUGGUGGUUCCGAAUUCUCCGGUUCUGUAGCCCUCUUCCUCUUCGUCCCUUUCGCUUUUCCCUUCUUCGCUGGUUCCACUUGUGCUGGCGCCGUCUUGGGUAGCGGAGGCGGAGCCCUAGGUAUCUGCUCAAGUUGA